UGCGCUCAGCAUGCAAAAGAGCAGGGCCAAGGGAGCGAGGCGGAGAUGGCAGAGGCGGCGGCAGUGGGCAGCCGGCGAGUUGGUCCGGUCCGGGUUUUGCCGGCAGCCCCCGGGCAGCAGCAGCCCUAUGCAAUGUGGUUCGGCUGUCUAUGUACUUCCAGAGCGAGGAGGGAUGUAGAGGUGGGUUUGCGGGGAAGGAGACGCUGCCUUGGAGGAGAAACACCCCCCCACCCCUUCACUUCUUUUUUUUUUCCCCUUCAAUUUCCCAUUGUGAGCCCCCCCCCUUCCUCCCAUGCACGCGACCCUUUGAUCUGGGCGCUGCAGCCCCCCCCACCCCGCUGAUUUACCCCCCCGCCCCACAGCGAGGGGAGGGAGACAAACACCCCUCGCUUUGCAAAGAGACAAUUUUUUGGCAGGUGCUAAUUUUUUUUUUUUGCAUGCUCUGGAUUUGGCUCUUUAAUCCGGCCGGCGACAGCUCGCGCGCGCACACACACACACACACACACACACUGCCCGGAGUGGUGGUGGCUGCAGCUCCCAUCCUUCCCUUCUCCUCCUCCUUCCUCUCCUGCCGCUGCUGCUUCUCCUGCUCUUGCUCCGGAUCGCUCUUCCUCCGAGCCGUAUGUUUUGUACCAGCACCACAGAUGAUGACCCUGCACUGACCUUGCCCUGAAGACCCCUGCAGCAGCGUUGGAAGGAUUCCCCCGUUGAUUAUAAUUAUUUCAUUUUUUGGUGGUUGGUUGGUUAGUUGCCGCUGCGAGUGGGGUUUGGUUUUUUGGUUUGGUUCUGGUUUUUUUUAACACCAUGUCUAAUCCUGGUGCCCCUCAAGACGCUGGUAACAAGCCCAACAUGUUGGACAGAAAUAACCCAGAGGACUCGCAGCCCCCUGUUAACUCCGAGAGGAGGAACAAAAGUGGGAUCAUAAGUGAACCUUUGAACAAAAGUCUUAAGAAAUCGCGUCCACUCUCCCAUUACUCCACCUUCAGCAGCAGCAGCUCGGUAAGCGAACAUUCAGAGAAAGGAACCUCCUUAGCUAAUGGCAAUGAAGCCACAACUGUGGAUAAAAGUCACUCUACCUCAAAGCACAAAAAUAUCUCUAGUAUGCUGAGCAAAUCAGACAGGGCGUCAGAAAUCUCAUCAGAAGGACAGAUCAGCCUACAACAGUUUGCUCAGUCUACAGAUAUGCUCAAAAGAGUGGUACAGGAGCACAUUCCUUUACCAAAUGACCACGGGACUGGUAUCUCUGAUAUGGAAGCGGUCUCAGCUGCAGAGACAAUGAACAGCCCAUCUGAUUUUCCUUACCUGGGGGCUUUUCCCAUAAACCCAGGCCUUUUCAUUAUGACCCCUGCUGGCGUGUUUCUGGCAGAGAGCGCGCUCCAUAUGGCUGGCUUGGCAGAGUACCCAAUGCAGAAUGAAUUGGCAUCUGCCAUCAAUUCUGGGAAAAAGAAACGGAAAAGAUGUGGCAUGUGCCCUCCGUGCCGAAGACGGAUAAACUGCGAGCAGUGCAGCAGUUGUAGGAAUCGCAAAACUGGCCACCAGAUUUGCAAAUUCCGAAAAUGUGAGGAACUCAAAAAGAAGCCGUCUGCAGCGCUGGAGAUUUUCCUCUUUUGUGUGGACUUUUCUUUCUCUUUUUUCCCCCCACCAAAGGCUGCAACUGCUAAAAGGCGUAAGUCUCCCCCGCAGGACAAGUCCAGCUGUAUAGUAACAGAACCCCAAAGACACUGAAAUAAGGUGAUGCUUCCUACAGGAGCUGCAUUCAGAUGGUUUCAGUAGGAAUGAGAAUUCCAAAGCUCUGUCAUCCAAGUGCAAUGUCACUGCUUGCUUGUGUUGUCUCAGGCAAGGAAUUUUUUGGCUGAAAUGAAUGGAUGCACCCGUGUCUCUUUAGAACCAAAAAUAUUUUCUCGCAGAUUUCAUUCCUGUUUUUAUAUAUAUAUUUUUUUUGCGUUUGUUUUAACAUCUUCAAGUCCUAGUAAAACAUUUAACUGCUUUUCAAAUAAUAAUAAUAAAAAAAUGGAUCUGUAAAGUACCAAGACUUAAUAGACAGAGUAUGGACAAUCAGUUUCUUUCUGUGUUUUGGUGUUGAUGUUGUUUAUGUGUGGAAGAUGCAGUUCUUGUGUAGAGAAUGUAAAUUUACAGUAACCUUUUAAAAUCUAGUUACUAAUAAGCACUACUGUAAUUUAGCACAGUUGUUUAAUUACACCCUCAUUUAUACUUUUUAUUUGAUUAUUUCCCAUCAUAAAAUAGAGUGGAUAGUUUCUAGAAUGCCUCAACUUCAUGUUUAUAAAUGAGAAUAUGUUUAAAACGAUGUAGUAUCCCUUUUCCUAACCAUUCCCAUAUGUAAGUUUAACCAGCAAGAAGCUUGGUAUUAAAAAUGAAAGAAUAAUUGCUGCAAAAUGGGCAGUCUUGGAAAAAAAACCAUUGUUAGUUUAUUAAUAUAGAACAAGAAAUCCUGCAUACAGGGAAAACAAGAUCCUAACUGCAAUGGUUUACUUAUAGAAAUCAUUUUUAUAAACUUACUGAAGUUAAAAGCAAAAUAAAAAAAAUUGCAGGACCUGUGCUGAAGCAGUUCUGAAAGCUAAUAUUUCUCUUACGUUCAAAUCCCCGUCUCUCCAGCUCUCUCUACAUCAGUAAAUUGAAAUGCUGUUUGUAAUGUUUUAGCGAUCCAGGCUGUUUUGUGAAUAAAAUGAAUGCAUGUUUUGUGUCAUGA